AUGUGUGUGUGCUCAAAUGCCGAGGUGGCCAAACCUCAUGACAUCCAGCAGCAUACCAGAUCUUUAUGUGGCCGAGGAACACUGCGUGCUUCGGAGCUGGGAUGGGCGAGAGGAGCGUAUGGAUGCAGUGACAGUGAUUCCCUAGGGCUCCUGGAUCACGGCGGGAGGGAGCUGGGUCCUCUGUUGUCUCAGGCUCUCAGAGUCUGCAGUAGUUGUGUGACAGAGCUGCGCUCAGGCUGCUGGCAAACUCACGUGGCUCAGGCAAUGAAUUGGCCCUGUACAGUUGUAAUAUCAGAAAGCAUCUGCCCAAGAUGUAUGCAGUGUGAAACAAAAUUUGACUUCAUAACUAGAAAGCAUCACUGUCGAAGAUGUGGAAAGUGCUUCUGUGACAAGUGCUGCAGUAAAAAAGUGCCUCUGCCUCGCAUGUGCUUUGUGGACCCUGUGCGCCAGUGUGCUGAAUGUGCCCUCAUCUCGCAGAAAGAAACAGAGUUUUAUGACAAACAGCUUAAAGUGCUCAUGAAUGGUGCUACAUUCUUUGUAACUCUGGGAACAUCUGAUAAACCUGAGCUUAUGGUUUGUCGACUUUCCAACAAUCAGAGAUACCUGGUUUUGGAUGGAGACAGCCACUAUGAAAUUGAAAUUAUACAGAUUUCAACUGUUCAGAUACUUACAGAGGGAUUUACUCCUGGAGAAAAAGAUAUUCACACUUACACCAGCCUUCUGGAGAGCCAGCAUAUUACUGAAGGAGGUAAUACUCGUGCCAUAGGUAUGAUUCUCCAGUACAAGGUACCGGGAUCUGAAGAGCUAACGCAGAUGAAAUUUACAGCCAGUGAAGACCUCAGCUGUAACAAGAAGCUGGCAGCAAGCUGGCUGGCAGCGAUGCACAAGGCAACAAAACUUCUUUAUGAGUCCCGGGACCAGUAAGACCAGCAAAGUGUUGGCCACUUGAGGGAAGACACCAGCUCCACGGACCUGCCUCUCCCGUUUUGGUAAUUUGACAGCUGGUAACAUCUGCUACUCUUGACCCUUUCUCAUUCCAGUGUGGUUCACUAUGUAAGAACUGGCAAAUGCAAUGUAAGUGUUUUUUUGAACCAUGAGUAUUCACUCUAGUGUGCAAUAUGUAUACAAUUAAUGCUUUAAACAGCCUCACCUUUUAAGACUUUGUAUAUUUUGUUAAGCCUUUAUUGGCACUUAAUAUGAAAGUGACCUGCACUACAGCUAAUGUACAGCACAACUUUUAUAGUAACAAUUAUAUUUACUGUUUGCUACAAAAAGCAAACAAAUGUGUAUGUCUCUUCUGCAGAGAAUAGCUUUUGGGUAUAGAUCUCAGGUUUUUCCCUCUAUCCAAAUGUUUAAAAUCAAUGUACAAUAAAAUCUGCCUUAGAUAUGAUUUUAUAGAAGUCACUUGAUUUUUUUAAACAUUUCAUUUUAAACAUCUAAAUAUUUCACCAAAUUGGACUUACAUGAACAUGAUCUUGAAACUUUCCUUCUGUAAUAAAUAAGCUUCCAGAAUAAUUUUUAGUUUUGUAUUUUCUUUUUGGUAACUAGCUUUUGUUAAUUAACUGUAAUGCUCUCUGAAAUUGUAUACAAUUUAAUGUACAAUUAUGAAUAAAUUAAUUCACUUAUUUAAAAAAAA